UGAUAUACAAUAGCCAGUAUGAUUUCCACCGGUCGUGUUUGUCUUCAUCAGAUGUUGAUGUAUCAUAAAGUUAACUUUGCCUUCAAAUCAAAACUUUAAUUAAAUUCGCGUUAGUUAUGCUUUAAAUAUUCACCUUUUCACGACCAAUUUUCUCAUCCUGGAUUGAUUUGGCUGUAACACUGUUUGAAAGGUGCUGUCUCAAGUCGGGAUUGACAUUUUGUUAAAGAUGGAAGACGUGGUGAACUCGUUGACCUCGGCCCCUGGGGUGAAGGACUUUCUAAAGCGUUUCAAGUCCUUGUACAAAGAAUCCAGCGUUUGGACACUUGUCCGUGGCUGCCUCAUCUUUUCCUCCUGGAUGGUCUACUACCUUAUCUUCGUGUCCCCUGAAACCACGGGGGUGUUGGACAUCAUAAUUUUAAUACUUUUCCUCCUGGGUGCCCUCCUCUACGUCGCGUCUUCCUCCCUUUUCACCAAACUUUCUCGCACUUUCUCUCGACAAGACUGGAUAAAAUAUUUGAAAACUGGAAACAAAUAUCUAUUCAUGAUUCUGUCGUUUGGACCAGGAUUAUAUUUUGCCUUUAAAUACGAGCAUUUUAUACUCCGUUUCUACCUCGUGGUUCACUUUGUGACAAGUUUUUACUUUUUGUACAAAAGAUACAAGGAAUUUGAGUUGGAACCUUUCCUCAUAGGGCUGGCAAUGUCGGUCGGAAUUUAUAUGGUUGGACCAAUUAUUAGGGGAUUCUUUUCUAUAUUCGGGUCUUCGUGGUUUUGGACGAGUUGUGCUUCCACGGUUGAGGGGGCGGCAGACUUGGCGUUAGCGGUGACCUUUUUACUCGGACUCCCUCAAAAAUAUCUCCCCUCCAAUAUGUUAUUUGGUCUUAAACUGAUAAAAUACUUUCUUUAUUUCUUGUCGUGGCAGACGUGGUUUAUUCUCAUGGUGGUUGCAACCUGGUCUAAUUUGGGGGCAGGGGCCCAAGCUCUGAUAGACACGUACAAUAAUAUUGAAGUUGGGGGGAGAAACAAUAAGAUAGGCGACAAUAAUGCGAGGCAGCCUAACACUCAUCAGACUGCAACGACUUUAAAUAAUAAAAAUCGUUAACUGUUGACUGAUUAACACAAAAUGACCAAAUACUUAUGCGUGCAUCGAAAAUCACGUACACCUGCAAAUACUUAAAACAAUAGAUAACAAUAUGUAUCAGUAUAUGUGGUGCUGGCUAAAUAAGUAAUUAAAACCUUUUAAAAAUUAAAUGUUUAAAAAAUAUAUGAAUUAUGUUUUCGAGUUUGUAAAGACCUGAUGAAAGAAUACAUAAGUAUUCCGGAAGCCGGGGAAUAUUUUUAUUACUAUUAAUUAACUAACAAUCAUACAAUUUUUUGCAAAUGUCGUACAAAUGAUACAUAUAUAUUCGCAAUUUUCUGUAACUGCAAAUCCGAUGCUUGUGUAAAUUGUAUUGCUUAUUAUAUUUACAUAAUAUGUGUAUGUAAUGCAAAUUCUACACUUGUAAUUAAAUGAGGCAACUGAUAAUGCAAAACCAU